AGAGAAAAAGAGAGAGAGAGAAAGAGAGACUCUGUGGGUGGGUGGCAAAGGGCCUUUUUCUUUUUGUCAAUCUUUGCCUUCUUUGUGUACAUCUCUUUGCAUAGAGUGACACCUCUUUGCUUCUCAUCCUCAUCCAUUCAUAGUUUCAAUCGUCUAUCUCUUCUUGUUCUUCUUCUCGCUUGCUUGCUUUUGUUGAUUGGUUUUGGUGAUCUUGUUAUCAUCUCAUUGGGAUUCUCUGUCUGGGAUUGAAGGAUUAAAGGUUUAAGCUUUCUAUCUGUGGUUUUGAUUUGGUUUGCUGUUUGUUUUGGUGUUAUUCCCAUUGGGACUGUCAAUAACUGAGGUGGAAAGAGGAUAUAAAGCUUAAAGAUUCAAGCUUUCUGAAUGGUUUUGGUUGUCGGUGGGGUUGUUUCCCUGUUUUUGAUCUUAUUCACAGCAUAAAUCCCAACUUGGUUCUUCUUAUCACAUUGAAAUUGUCAAUUAGUGAGUUUGAAAGCAGGGAAAAUAAAGUUCAAAGAUUCAGUCUUUUUCUCCAUAUCCUCUGCAUAAACCCCAACUUGUUUCUUCUUCUCUGAGUGUUCAGAGUUGGACAGAUGGCAGACAUCAAACCAGAGGAGAUCACUCAUCCACCCAUGGACCAGCUCCAGGGCUUUGAGUAUUGCAUCGACUCCAAUCCAUCUUGGGGAGAAGCCGUUGUUUUGGGAUUUCAGCAUUACAUACUUGCCUUAGGAACUGCAGUAAUGAUCCCAAGUUUUUUAGUUCCCUUAAUGGGUGGCACUGAUGGUGACAAGGUGCGAGUAGUGCAGACAUUGUUGUUUGUGGGAGGUAUAAACACUUUGCUGCAGACUCUCUUCGGCACUCGCCUUCCGACUGUGAUCGGUGGCUCCUAUGCCUUCAUAGUCCCCAUCAUCUCCAUAAUUCAGGACUCAUCCUUUAGAGAUAUACCAGAUGGCCAUGAGAGGUUCCUCCAAACCAUAAGAGCAAUUCAAGGAGCCUUGAUUGUUGCUUCUAGCAUUCAAAUCAUUCUAGGAUACAGUCAGUUAUGGGGCAUUUGCUCAAGAUUUUUCAGUCCACUUGGAAUGGUUCCGGUUGUUGCCGCAGUUGGCUUUGGCCUUUUCAAUCGAGGAUUUCCUGUGGUAGGAAAGUGUGUGGAAAUCGGAGUUCCAAUGCUUAUCCUAUUCGUUGCGUUCUCUCAGUAUCUGAAGCAUAUACAUACAAGGCGUGUGCCAUUAUUGGAGAGGUUUGCACUACUUGCAGCCACUGCAAUCAUCUGGCUCUAUGCCCACCUGCUAACUGUGGGCGGUGCAUACAAACACAGUCCUCCGCUCACUCAAUCACAUUGCCGCACGGACCGUGCCAAUCUUAUCUCCGCUGCUCCAUGGAUAAAGAUUCCGUAUCCACUGCAGUGGGGCGCGCCAACAUUUGAUGCUGGACAUUCCUUCGGAAUGAUGGCUGCCGUGCUAGUUUCUUUAAUUGAGUCGACAGGGGCCUACAAGGCUGCAGCUCGACUAGCGAGUGCUACACCACCGCCUGCUCACGUGCUCAGUCGAGGCAUCGGCUGGCAGGGGAUAGGAAUUCUACUAGAUGGACUCUUUGGCACAUGCACUGGCUCAACCGUCUCUGUAGAGAAUGUGGGGCUUCUGGGAGCAACCAGAGUCGGGAGCCGCAGAGUUGUUCAAAUAUCUGCUGGUUUUAUGAUAUUCUUCUCUAUGUUAGGAAAAUUUGGAGCUCUGUUUGCAUCAAUACCGUUCCCGAUAUUUGCUGCAGUCUAUUGUGUAUUGUUCGGUCUUGUUGCGGCCGUAGGCCUCUCGUUUUUGCAGUUCACUAACAUGAACUCAAUGCGCAACCUUUUCAUCACCGGCGUGUCCCUGUUCCUUGGUCUCUCUAUUCCCGAAUACUUCUUCAGCUACACCCAAUCUGCUCGCCAUGGACCUGCACACACAGAUGCUGGAUGGUUCAAUGACUUCAUAAACACCAUUUUCUCGUCACCGCCAACUGUUGCACUGAUCGUGGCUGUCUUCCUCGACAACACUCUUGAGUUCAAGGACACCGCAAGGGAUAGAGGAAUGCCAUGGUGGGCCAGAUUCCGAACUUUCAAAGGUGAUAGCAGGAAUGAAGAGUUCUACACUCUUCCUUUCAACCUAAACCGCUUCUUUCCUCCAUCUUGAUCGAAAAAUCAUCGACAAAGUCUUACAGCAAAGCAAAUGACGAUCGGUCGCAGAAAGUGUCGGAAUUAAUUUGUUUAUGUUUUGUAUUCCUUGGAUCGUUAUGCAAUAAAAACUUUAUUUUUAUUCUU